AAAACGGCGUGGAACUUGCGUGUUUUCCUCAAGGCAGAGGCGCUAAAGCAAACAUCUGUCCGGGCCAGGCUUCAGAGGCGUGAUAGGUCGCGGCGCAGGGAAUGGAUCCGACUCCAGACACCACGUGUUGGAGUCGCAUCAGCGCAGUAAUUACCGCGCGCUCGAGCUAUAUAAACCACAAAAAGCCUGCGCACGGGAACCCCCGGCCUCUAAACACUAACCACAUUCACGGCCACAAAAACGGGACCCGCUUCCCUCCUCCUUCAUCUCACCGCCGAUUAUUUUCUUCUUUUUUCAUCAGCUAUUUUUAACCCCGCGACUCGACCGGAAGAACUUUCAGAAAUAUAUGUCCGGACUUGGUGGGAUUAUAAAUCUCCCUGUUAAACAUUGUUAAGGCCUAAUCUAUUGACUUUGAACACUUUUUUUUGUGUGAAGAUAGCCUGCGGGGCUUCAGAGCGCCUUUCAGUUUGGCACAAAGACUUCAAUGACGCACCUGGAGCUGCGCUUUGACUUUUUUUUAAACUAAAGGAAGACAGACAAAAGUUUUUAGAGCGGCUGGGUCGACUGCUCCUUUUUAGACCUGCCCUUUUUGUAAUUGUAUAGCCUGUUACGCGCUUGGAGAUUUAUUUGAUGUUAUUUAUAUCCACAUGUGCCUGCGUUAAACGGCGCACGAGCUCUGUCUGGGAGAGGAUCGAAGAAAAAGCUUAAAACAAGUUCUUUUUUUAGGGUUUUUCUUUCUUUCUCGUGUGUUUUUUAGUCGCUUGUUGAAGUAGAGAAAGUUUGGAAGCGCGAGCUGAGCCACACACUCCCGGCUGUGUGUGUGAGAGAGAGAACUUGGAGAGCUUUGCUGUGCCUUUUUUCUUAUAAUCCACGGUUGUUGUGAUGCGAAUUCCCGUAGAUCCAAGCGCCAGCCGGAGGUUCAGUCCGCCGUCCAGCAGCCUCCAGCCGGUCCCAGGGAAGAUGAACGACGUGAGCUCACCGACCGGGCAGCCGGACGCGGCGGCGGCGGUGCCGAGGCUGCGCCCCCACGAGAACCGCAGCAUGGCCGAGAUCAUAGCAGACCACCCGGCCGAGCUGGUGCGCACCGACAGCCCGAACUUCCUCUGCUCGGUUCUGCCCUCCCACUGGCGGUGCAACAAGACGCUGCCUGUCGCCUUUAAGGUGGUCGCUCUGGGGGACAUACCUGAUGGGACGGUUGUCACCGUGAUGGCCGGGAAUGAUGAGAACUACUCCGCUGAGCUGCGGAACGCCUCGGGCGUGAUGAAGAACCAAGUAGCACGUUUCAACGAUCUUCGCUUUGUGGGCCGCAGUGGCAGAGGCAAGAGCUUCACGCUGACAAUCACAGUAUUCACCAACCCUCCACAAGUGGCCACUUAUCACCGAGCUAUAAAGGUCACCGUGGAUGGACCGCGUGAGCCCAGGAGGCACCGUCAGAAGCUGGAGGACCCCCCCAAAGCCGGGCUGUUCUCGGACCGCCUCAGCGAGCUGGAGAGGAUGAGGGUGACGGUUCCCACCCAAAGCCCCCGACCAACUCUCAACACAGCCGCCAACUCCUUCAACCCGCGGGGUCAGACGCAGAUAACGGGCUCCUCAGACCUGAGCCCAUUCCCGGGUCAGUUCGAGCGCCAGUUCCCGAGCCUUUCCUCCAUCGCUGACAGCCGCUUCUCCAGCCCCCGCAUGCACUACCCGCCCACCUUCACGUAUUCGCCACCCGUCACUUCGGCCAUGUCGCUGGGCAGCGCCCACUACCACUACCUGCCCCCGCCCUACCCGGGCUCCACCCAGAGCCAGAGUGGACCCUUCCAGACCAGCAGCACGCCCUAUCUCUACUACGGGGCGUCAUCCAACUCCUACCAGUUCAGCAUGGUCCCUGGCGGGGAUCGCUCGCCUUCUCGGAUGAUCCCACCUUGCACUAGCGCCUCCACGGGCACCUCCCUGGUGAACCCCAACCUCCCCACCCAGACAGAAGGAGGGGUGGACGGGGAUGGGAGCCACAGUAACUCCCCAACUGUUCUGAACCCCGGAGGCAGGAUGGACGAGGCGGUCUGGAGGCCGUAUUAAAAGUCGACUGACGUCUGAAAGCACAAAACCAAAAAAAAAGCGGAUUUUUUUCAGGCCUCGCCGGCUAUCUGCUGCUUAGAAAUACAGCAGAGAUGAAAAAGAAGAGCAGACUUGUGCCGACUUGUCUUCCUGGAAUGUGUUUUGACCGCGGCGCUACGACGGGAGUCGUUCUCGCUGCAACGGUUUACUCACAGCUGAGACGCUUCUCUGUUGUUAAUCCACCAGCUGAGGGAUGCUUUCUGCCUCUUUUGUACAGAGUUUCUACUUCCUUACCGCUUUUUGUUUGUUUUGUUUGUUUUACGCGGAGCAUGUUUUUGUAUGACAACAAUAUCACCAUGCAAGUUAAGCACUGAGUAGCAGAUGAGACAGUUUUGACAAUCCUUGUUGCUUAGAGACAGUUAAUUUAUCUUGUACAUUGUGGGUGAAACUUUGAUGUAGAUUGAAGCGUUUUUAACUUAUGAAGCCAUAAAUUAUGUAUUGUAUUUGAAACUUGAGUCGAAGGAGUGUGAUCUGAAUAUUUUUGAUGCGUCUAAAUGACUAAGUUAAUUUUUUUAUAGGUAAUUUAAGAUUUAUUUGGUUUUCUGUUGUAGCACCCAAAGAUUUUUAAUCCUUAUGAAAUAUAAUUUCCAAAGAGUAUUGCGGCAUGAUGGAGGUUUCGGUUUGACUCGUUCGGAGGCCAACGUGUGCGUGAAAGGCGUCGGUAUUUAUUCAGCGAUCACUUGCAGUGUGCCUCUCGGUAACCGAUCGGUAAAAACGGCUUCAGUUUGGGAGAAAUCGUCAUCAUUUAAGGACUUUUUGCUUCAUUUUUUUAUUCCGUCUUGUCAAACGUGCACUUAUAUAGUUGUAGUCCUUUUCAAAGUCAGAAGUCCAGUGGUGCACUUUAAAGCAUCCGGUGGGGCUUUCUAAGGUCUGGUUGUGUUACAUGAACUCCUCAGGACUGGAAUUUUGCUCCGAUCAUCUCGCGGAUUUGCAAAAUCUGCAUUUUUAUUUUUCCCUUCAUGCGCAGCCUGGCUGAAAGCUUGCUCAGGAUUACAGCUUACACAUGCCAAGUCUAUUCUAGCUUUUAUACGCGUGAAGAAAGAUUCUCCAGUUGUUUCACUUUUUUUCCGUCUUUAAGACAAAAAAAGAACAUUCCGAGUUACAUUUAUCUCUAGUUUUGUUUUGAUUUUAAAAGUCUUGGAUGCUCUGGGUUCAUAUUCACCAAGACUUUGGGAGAUUCUUUAAGGAAAAAGUGCAAAAAAACACAAAUAAAGGAGGUGAUUGGAUUCAGCUGCUGGCAGCAAACUGGUGACCAAAAAGCGACAGGAGCUUUGUGUCUGUUUGUUUCAUAAAAGCACUUAUUUCUUGUUUUAUUUCUAGCAGCACUUGCGGCUGGCUGCCAGCAGAGCUCGUGGUUUUGGUCCUGCCGCCACACACACACACACACACACACACACACACACACACACAC